AAAGCAAGUCCCUCCACCACAAUGAGCUCUGAACAGGAAGAAAUUGAUGUUGCAAAAACCGUUGUCAAUGGACUGAGCAGCAAUGGACAAGAAAAAGAAACGGAUCCCGCUAAAGUCUGCAGCGGAAAAGGAGCUGUGACCCUCCGGGCAUCUCCAGCCUAUGAAGAAAAUCAGAAUAUCACUUCACCAUGUCCUCAGGUUGUUAAGCAACCUGAAAAUGAUUGGAGGUCGUCAUCUAACACUGAUGCCAAUGGGGAUGCCCAACCAUCUUCUCUGGCUGCCAAGGGUUAUAGGAGUGUGCGUCCAAACCUUUCCUCAGACAGCAAGCCACAGGAUGCCACUGCCACCACCACAGCUCAGCCUGGGGUUAUAGUAGUCCCCCUCCUCCAGGUUAAUCCAGACAGACAGCAAGAAGGCAGCUCCAGCACUCCACCACCGCCUCUGGUUCCUUUUGGGCAAGGCUCCGUAUUCCCUGAGACUGUUUCUCCUGGCUCACCCUUGACUUUUCCAACUCUAGACGAUUUCAUUCCCCCACAUCUCCAGAGGGGUUCCCACCAUAACCAAGCACCCUCCACAUCUGGCACAUUACCCUCUGUUUACCCGAAACUGCCAUUCUUCUCAUCGCCACCUUCACUUGUCCCUCCAGUCACAGGGGCUUUGCACAGGGGCUUGAAGCCUGAAAUCACUGGAGUCAUCUCACAUACAGACUCAGGUCCUGUGGUAAAUGAAGUGCCCCAGCCUGGCACUGGCACUGACUAUCCGACCUCCUUCACUUCAAUCAACAAGUCUUCCUCUGCCUAUCCCUCUACCACAAUUGUCAAUCCCACUAUUGUCCUCUUGCAGCACAAUCGAGAACAGCAAAAAAGGCUUAGUAGCCUGGCAGAUUCAGUGCCAGACAGACUAGUUUCUGAUAAAGUUGAUUCAGCACUCAUACGGGACAAGCCAGUUCAGGAAACAGUGCCAAGUGAGAAGAGGGCAAUGGAAGAGAAGAGAAGCAUUGUCAAGAGCCCUCAGCAUGUGGCUGAUACCUCCGUCGAUGAUAUUGGCAUUCCACUGAGGAAUACAGACCGAUCGAAGGACUGGUACAAGACGAUGUUCAAACAGAUCCACAAGCUGAAUAGAGAUGAAGAUUCUGAUUCAUACUCUCCUCGUUACUCCUAUUCUGAGGACAGUAAAACCCAGCUUUCAGUUCCCCGCUCCAAGAGUGAGACGGAUUAUAUUGAUUCAGAGAAGGUUGUUAAGAGAUCUGCCACUUUGCCACUGCCAAGCCGUACUACUUCACUGAAAUCAAGUCCAGAAAGGACUGACUGGGAGCCUCCAGACAAGAAGGUGGACACCAGAAAAUACCGUGCAGAGCCCAGGAGCAUUUAUGACUAUCAGCCAGGAAAGUCCUCAGUUCUGAACAAUGAAAAGAUGACUCGGGAUAUAAGCCCAGAAGAGAUAGAUUUAAAGAAUGAACCUUGGUAUAAAUUCUUUUCGGAAUUGGAGUUUGGGAAACCGCCUCCAAAAAAGAUUUGGGAUUAUACUCCUGGAGAUUGCUCUAUCCUUACUAGAGAGGAUAGAAAGACUGAUCUAGAAAAAGACCUCUACCUCUACCAGACUGAGUUAGAGGCAGAUUUAGAAAAAAUGGAGAAGCUUUAUAAAGCGCCACAUAAAAAGACACAGAAGAAUACAGCAGGUGUUACUCCGCUGGAAACUUCCACAGACCAUUCUUCCUACUCCACAUAUUCACCCAACUACCAUGCAGUGAAGAGGGAGUCAGAACCAGCACUGGGGGACCAUGCUGGCUUGGAGAAUGAAAGGCAGAUUUACAAGAGUGUAUUGGAAGGUGGAGAUAUCCCAUUCCAGGGGCUGAGUGGUCUCAAGCGACCUUCUAGCUCUGCUUCCACAAAAGAUUCAGAAUCACCAAGGCACUUUGCACCAGCUGAUUACAUGGAAACUCCAGAAGAAAUCAUCCGCAGACGACAUGACGAUAAAGAGAUGAGACCUGCUAGAGCCAAAUUUGACUUUAAAGCACAGACACUAAAGGAACUUCCCUUGCAAAAAGGAGAUAUUGUUUACAUUUACAAGCAGAUUGACCAGAACUGGUAUGAAGGCGAACACCAUGGCAGAGUUGGCAUCUUCCCACGAUCAUACAUAGAGCUACUCCCACCAGCUGAGAAAGCUCAGCCCAAAAAGCCAUCACCAUUGCAAGUAUUGGAAUAUGGAGAUGCUAUUGCUAAGUUCAAUUUCAAUGGAGAUACCCAAGUGGAAAUGUCCUUCAGAAAGGGUGAAAGGAUCACGUUGAUUCGACGAGUGGAUGAGAAUUGGUAUGAAGGAAAAAUCUCUGGCACCAGUCGCCAAGGCAUCUUCCCUGUCACUUACGUGGAGGUGCUCAAACGGCCAGUGGUCAAGAAUGCCAUUGACUAUCCUGAGCCACCAAUGUCCCUCUCCCCUAACCGCAGCAUGACAGCUUCACCACAGCAACCUCAAGCACAGCAGCAAGGAGCCAGCCCUGACAGAAGUCAAACACCACGAGACAUAGUUAGCUACCAAGCCCUCUACAGCUACACUCCUCAGAAUGAUGACGAGCUGGAACUGAGGGACGGUGACAUUGUUGAUGUCAUGGAGAAAUGUGAUGACGGCUGGUUUGUGGGUACAUCCAGGAGAACAAGGCAAUUCGGUACUUUCCCAGGCAACUACGUGAAGCUUCUGUACCUGUAA